GGGCAAUUGGUGAUUCUCUGGUAAAACAAACAGGCACGUAUUCCUCCGAGAAAGAUGAGACAAAUGGCUACUAUGGAUUUGAUGCCAUGUUUGAUCACCCAGUUUCCCUUGAGAGGGGCAAAACUUAUGAGAUUGUAUCACUUAUUAAGGGCCCGUCAUCAUGGCGUGUGAUAAGCGGAAAAUGCAGGGAUGAAGUUGAAGGAAUCCAGUUUUCAUUUAGCAGAUCAUCUGCUUCUAGGAAUGGAACUGAUGAAAGCGGUGGUCAGCUUCCUGCAUUUAUUUUCUGCACAAAGUCUUAACGACGAUACUGAUAAUUGUGGUAGUCUGCAGAUUUUUUUAUCCAGGGAAUAGAACCUGAUCAAACAAGCCAUAGUCUCUUUGGGAGUAACGAAUCAUAUUCCCUGCUGUCGACACACUGGUAACUAGCCUCCCCGCAGACGUCCUUUGGGGUUCGUUUGUCACGAAUUCAUUUCUCCCCCAAAUGAAUGCGUGACAAACGAACCCCAAAGGACGUCUGCGGAGAGGCUAACUGGUAACUGGACUGGAAUGAUUUGCCAAGCAAAACUAAUAUAGAGCAAGUUCGCACGUUAGUUCUUGGCUGACUCUUGGCUAUCAAGUGACUACAGACUCCUUAAACGUUUGCUUACUACACAUCCAAGUCAGUAUCCAAGUUAAAGUAGCGAAGAAUCGGAAAUUAAUCAUGCACAGAAAAAUUAAAUAGAGAAAUAUAAUCAUGGCACUUACUCCUUUCCUGAAUUUAAACUCCUUGGGUUUUACAAAGAUAAGCGCAGUUUUUUUCUAUUCAGUAAGGCCAUCCCCCUCCCCCCCCUUUUUUAGUUUAGCGUCGAAUGCAUUUCCUGAUUUUGGGUCGGUCGGUCAGAUUGAAAAAAAACCCCCCCCAAAAAAAAUCACAAGAAGUCUCUCGGAACAGGGCCCGCGGAGCGGAUUUGCAAGUGGGGGGGCUAAUGCGAACGCAUUAACGUGAGCCAACUAGGGGGGUCCGGGGGCAUGCUCUCCCCCGGGAAAAUUUGAAAUUGAAGUCUUCUGAAAUGGCUAGAAAUGGAUCUAAAACUGCCAAAAGUGAAGUUAAUUUUUAAUUCUUAUAAAACAACGAGUAACAAACUGGCCUUCACGUUUGACCAAAUUUAAAUGAAUAGACUAACUUCUAAGCUAAACCCAACAGACGCAACGGAUGAGUGUCACCCGGACAUUUUUAAGUCGGAUUCUUUGAAGGUGCCAAAGUUGCUUUUUCGAUUUUCAUUGAGAGCUGCAAACUCAUUGCCAACAUCUAUAAGACAAAGUUUGUCUGUUCUCUGCUUGUGGGUAUUAAGUAUUGUCAGAUUGCUAAAUCUUGUUUGUGUCAUCGUCGAGCGUAGCCACGUUUUCAGUCUCCGAGCAGAAGAAAAGGAUCUCUCUCGCCUGCUGCACUGGUUGCUGGAUUUACACGAAGAAGUUUACAUAGGGUUAUGAUUUCAGUUAUCAUACACUUUUCGGCUUCAGAAAGCUGCUUGAUCUUGGCCAAAAUGUCAUCAAAACAGGUAAAUUCUCCGUCCUUCAUCAACACCUUAAAUAUUUCCAGUUGAACAUUCAAUGUUCUAACAUCAACAGCCAAAAAAGUGGGGGGGGCUAAAGCCCCCAGCCCCCUCCCCUACGCGGUCCCUGCGGAAUAGGAAGCCCUGGUAUCCCAAGAUGGCGUAAAAGUUAACAUUUACCUAUUUGGAUUAACAAAAUGCACAAUAUACUGUUCAAAAAUGUUCCUGUUUUUGUUCCUGUUUUUUUCUCUAUGCUGUUACUAUGCUCAUUUUUCAGAUUAAAAUAAUUGUUUCAAGUGAAAAAUGGUUCAACUACGCCGUUACUUUUUUUGGGGGGGAAAUGCCAAAAAUUUCGGCCGGACGGACGACGCUUAGUCUGCUACACAGCCGUUUAGUGGGGAGGAGCGUUGCGGGACGACUGGACGACGCUAAACGGAGAAAAAAGAGGAUGGCCUAAGCUAAAAUAAAAGUGAUAAGCGAUUGCUGUUGAAGUUUAUUGACGAAGUGAGAUAAAAUGCGGAAACCGAUUUAAAUCAUAAUUGUCAUUUGCACCCGAUGGAAUUUUUCAGGAACUGAAACUUCGGAUAAGUAACUCAGUACAAACUCUCAUGAUUGAAACAGGAAGGUAUGAUCAAACUCCGCACAACUUUAGAUUCUGCCCUGUUUGUAACUGGUAUUAAUAAUUGAAGACGAAUUUCAUUUUCUCUUGCACUGUCCAAAGUAUUCAAUCCCAAGGGAAAAAUUCUACAGUCAAAUCCAACCUAAUUUUGUCAUGUUUAAUCAGCUAUCUUGCACAGAAUUAAUAAUUAAACUUAUGAAUUCACAGAAUUGUUCUCUAAAUUCACAUUUGUUAAAAUUUGUCUCAUUAUGUAAUGAUGUGACACUUGAUUAUUGUAAUCAUUGUUUUUUUUUAAUUGGCUUAUUAUUAGUGUUUAAAUACUAUAACUUCAUAUAGUCAUGCAAAUAAAGCUUAUGUUGUUGUUGUUGAUAUGAGUUAUGAGAUAUUGAGAGGGAGAAAUUUUAUGGAAGGAAGUAAUUUAUCAUUGGUCGGACGGCGUCCCGUGAGUCGCCAUGCUGACCAUGUAUACCCCCGGCGUUGAAAUAGCAUUUACGGCACUUACCUUGUCAUGCAUGUAUAUAUUAUCAAUUAAGGUUUUUCUUUACCUUAUUUUGCAACCGCCUACUGACAUAAAAUAUUGAGUCCAAAAGCCGUCACUUAUAACACACAGUCACCAGGCUCGUUGCCAGGCAUGUUUACUCGGAGGUGCGAUUUAACGAUGAGACGGAACAAACGAGGCCGAAGGCCGAAGUCUCUAGAAAAGCGGGGGUGGAGGGUGAGAAGGGGGGAAUUAUAUAGGUCAGUCCUGAGAAUGCACCUCGAGCGUAAGGCCACGGAUUAGAAUUGAAAACAGGCAGCUAAAACCGAAACGUGGAUUUUUCGCAAAAUUUUUGAACUUCAAAGUUGCUUUUUAUACCAAAUAGAUUAUUUAUGACGUUAUGUGAGCACGCUGAUCGGCCACGCCCGCUAUAUGGCGUCCGUUUCCCUCCCCAAAUGCCCUCCGCGGCCACAUACUGCGUGUCCAUUUUCCUCACGUCCGUCUAAAAAUGUGUGCGACACUGGUACAUAGCAUUUUAGCGCGUUCCUCUCGAUUGUGCUCGUUCGAGUUUUGAUGAGAGUUAGUUUAAUUGAUAUACAUUUAUUAGCCAAAAAGCAUUUUUAAAGAUGGCAGAUUUUCCAGUAAUCUCCAACUUUUAGAUUUACCUUCAAAAUUUUUAAAUGAAGAACGGCUAGGUUCUGAUAAUUGUCUGCAGCUGGAAAAUAUUCAUUGAUGGCACUUUCAGUUUCUUUUUGAGACGUAGAUAAAAUCUUGCGGCGUCUUCGAUCUCUUCUUGUCUCUUCAGACCAUUUUCUCGGGAACUAUGUUAAAAACUGUUCAACUGUCGCAAAAUUGAAAACGAUUCUGCAAUUACUUUUUGCAAGCACAUUAUCGCUAAUUCACUUUUUUUACAUCGUUGGUCAACAAAAAAGUGGACCUCCGGAGCCUGUGGGCGGGGGUGCGUGCCCACCCGUCGCCGACCCCCCUCCUCCCUUCGGGCCUGUCAGUCACUAGUAACAAGUGUACUAGUUAACCAUUGAAAACUUUAAAAGGAAUCUUUACCGAUAUUUUCUUGAGACAGAAAACGGCCCUGAGGAGGACUAUUGAACCUGUUUAGAAUGUUAGUCUCGUUAAAGUUGUCGUUUGCCAUUGGACCUAUUGGUAUUAAUUAGAAUAGUUAGCCUCGCUUAAGCUGUGGUUUUCUUAAAGUGCCAGCCGUGUACUAGAUUUGGCCGCAUCUGAAAACUUUCAAACCGUGACUCAUACCUCGUCUCGGCGUGUUGGUUGCGCCAUAAAUUUCAACAACUUAAUGUAAGUCUCAAAGUGGUUUAACGAAUCUCUAAGCAAGAGGAAUUUUUAUGUUAUUCAGUAGACUACACUGAGGCUACACUGAACAGAAUUUCGUACCGACACCUAUCCCGAUCUUUGAAUCUCCACUUUAGAGAUCGGCGUGGCUCAUCAGCUUUGCUCCGUUACAGAAAUUGCUCCGAAAUCACCGUCCCCAAGUGUGAACAGAAGCCUUGUCCGGUAUGGCUUUUGUGCUGGCGCAAAAGGAUGUAGCCGAUGAACAUAGCUAAGUCAACUAUGCCGGCUGAGACUGGAGAUCUUUGGAAUAUUUGCGCGAACCCCACGGGAUGGCCAGAUACAUUUUGAUUCAAGCGACUAGCUGCAGGUUGUACGGCUUUGGCGUAAAAGAUUAACGCUCAGAAUUUAUAGCAUACAGAGCGUUUUGCACUUCUACUUCUUUUGAUGACUGAAAAACACUGUCGUUUCAUUAUAAUUUUCUAGAUCGAUAACAAGUUAAAACAAAGCCAGCUGUGACUCCCAGGACUGUUUAUCUCCUCCUGAUUACUGCAUUUGGUUGGCCUGCCGCAAAAUACAAGCAAUUCUCUAGCCUGCAGUGCAGGCAUAUUUCUUGGGUGGGCGAAACCUUGUUCGUGUUCGUGAUAUUGUUUUAGCCGCCAUCUUUGAUUUUAUGACAGUGGAAGAUUGGUGAGAGUAGAAAUAGUAACCCUUACGGUAGGUGCGAGGGCGAAAGAAAGAAAGGGGGGAGGGGGAGGGGAGAAAAUUCUCUUCUCUCUCCCCGCCCCCUCCCCGCUCCCUUUGACUCGCCCCAUCUCCUCCUCUCAUCGGGAAGUUUCAACAUGGCCCUUUCGCGAGCAAAUUGGGCGCUAAAAGAAAACGCCAGGCUAGCAAUUCUCUUAUUUUUUCACAGUUAGUUUGUUUGGCACGCAUAAAGGUAACCAGUCACUGACCAGUGAAUUUGUGAUCUUCCUUUGAUUUCACGCUGUUGCCCUCGUUUCAGCUAGGAUCCUAGAUUAGGCUUCUAAUUAAAAACAUGGUAAAAAUUUCUAACGUUUAUCGGUAAAGUGAUUGUUUUCUUGAGUAUAAAUUAAUCGGAACGUUCCUGAAGAAUUUUGAAGACGGUAGAUCAGUAUUAGUAUUCUUUGCGAGGAAAGCUGUUAAGACAGCGUUUGUUUGUCAGUCUGUCAGUCCCACCGAACCUGAGCGUUCGUGCAACAGAAAUCUGAGACCAGGCUCAAUUUUCGUUUCGCUUUGGAUAACAUUAAGGCGGGCAAGGCGAGAGAGCAGUAGCCGUUAGAAAGAAUCGGGAGCUUAAGCAGCGACGUUUUUUAGCGACGCACGUCAACCGGAAAUGGACUCUUUGCACUCUUGAGCCGUGAUUUUGAACAAGUUUUUGGGCAGAUCGUCUCUACAAGAAUUAAGCCACUUGGCAAUACAAAUACAGUAGCGUCAAGGCUUAUUAAAAGUGAAAAAGGCUCACUUCCGGUUGACGUGCGUCGCUCAAAAACGUCGCUGCUUAACUGAGCUCCCUAAUGAAUGAGAACCGCUAAAACUUCAUGAUAAAUGUUUUUAAAUUUUAUAUGAUUAAUUUGAUAUAAAUUGUACAUAUUGUUUAGGAAUUUUAGAUUCUUAAGUCUUAAUUAUGAUAAUUUUACUUUAUUUUAAUUAGCUUUGUUUUAGUGUCCCCAAUUAGUACUGUAAUGUACUAGAAUUUUAUGACACUUAAAUAAAGGUUUCAUCAUCAUCAUCUGGGCCUGAUCUCAGGUUAGUACAACAGAGGUCCAUUUUAUAAAACUUUUGCAAGUGUAAUUUUGAGUGUUUGGAGUCUGGAAACAAUAGCUACGCUUGUAUAUUACUUGUCAAAGUACCGUAAAAUUCCGAAAAUAAGCCCCCCAUGUAUAAGCCCGUCCAAAUAUAAGCCCCCUUAACCGGUAACGCAAAAAACCCUCCGUUAAAUCGCCCCUCCAAAUAUAAGCCCCUUGGGGCUUGUACUUGGAAAAUUGCCCUCAAAUACAAAGAAAAACAAAGCAAAAAAGGUAGAUUUACUUCCAACUGUAAGGCUAGCCCAAUUGAUUUUGAAACACAAAUUUCCCUCCGUAGAUAAGCCCCUCCAAAAAUAAGCCCCUCAAAAAGGGUCUUUGAAAAAUAUAAGCCCCGGGAGUUAUUUUCGGAAUUUUACGGCAUUAUUAAAUCGACGCCAGGAAAAAGGAAAAAAAAACUGCAUACUCAAACAAAGAAUGGGAUACCUGUGGCAAACCCGUGAGAGCCCUGGGCAAUAGAAAGCGAGAAGACCCUGGGGAAACCCAAAAAAAAUUGCAAUGGCUUCUCUUAAGUCUUUUGACGAUAACUGGCAGACUAUUCGCCCAACUAUCUGCGAGAGAACCAAAUUUAUUUUCAAUAACGAAUUAUUAAGUGAUGUGAAGUUUGUAGUUCCUGCGUCGCACAACGAAAAUGAAAGCCGGAAGAGUCGGAAGUGCAUGAUUCCAGCUCACAAGUUUGUACUUGCAAUAAGCAGUCCUGUUUUCUAUGACAUGUUCUACGGUGAAAUGGCGGAGGCUGCAGACACUGUUCAAUUGCCUGACUGUGAUUAUGAGAGUCUGUUAGAGUUGUUUCGUUUUCAGUACAGCGAUGAAGUGAACUUGAGCGGAAGUAAUGUCAUGCAAGUUCUGUCCUUGGCCAAGAAAUACCUGGUCCCUUCACUCGCCGAUAAGUGUAUAGCAUAUCUUCAGGAACAUCUAGGGGCGUCGAAUGUGUUCUCCGUCCUGCUUCAAGCUCAGAAAUUUGGGGAUAAAGAUUUGGAAGAACGGUGCUGGGAAGUAAUUGAGGCGCAAACCGAGAAUGCUCUGACUUCUCACGAAUUUGUCACGCUUGAGAGAUCUGUUGUUGAGUCUGUGGUGAAAAGGGAGAGCUUGAGUGUAAAGGAAGUGGAUUUAUUCAAGGCUGUUGAUCGCUGGGCCACCAAAGAAGUGGAAAGGCAAGGGCUAACCCCUGAUGGCGUGGUCAAAAGAAGGAUUCUUGGCGAGGAAAUUGUGAAAGCAAUAAGGUUUCCAGUGAUGUCGCAGAAGGAGUUUGCUUUGGUUGUUGUGGAUUGUGAUAUUCUCACUAAAAAAGAGAUUGGUUUCAUGAUGAAACACUACGGUGGUGUCGGUUUAGAGUCUUCUUUACCAUUCAUACAUUCCCCAAGAGAGCAUAAAACUGGGCAUUUGCAUCGAGUUUACAGAUUUACAGAAGUAAGCUCGCCCAAAAUGCCUGAUGGUGCCUGGUACUACUAUCGUGGUAAUUCUGAUGCCCUUAAACUGACUGUCAGUAAACCUACCAUGUUACAUGGAGUGCAGCAUUUUGGUAGUGAAGGUGGCAAAUACACAGUUUCAUUAGAAGUGAAAGAUGUGGCAAAUGGUUUUUCUCUAGUAAAACAGACAGGAAUGUAUUCCUCAAAGGAAGAUGAGAGAAAAGGUUACUAUGGAUUUGAUGUCCUGUUUGAUCACCCUGUUUGCCUUGAGAAGGGUAAAAGAUAUGAGAUUGUAUCACUUAUUCAGGGCCCACCAUCAUGGCAUAUGACUACAGGGAAAAAGUUCGUAAAAGUUAAAAGAAUCCAAUUUUUAUUUAGCUGUUCAGUUUCUUCUAGGAAUGGAACUAAUGUAAGCAGUGGCCAGUUUCCUGCAAUUAUCUUCAGCACACUGUAG